AUGAUAUGGUAUCAAUCAGCUUCCUUGCUGGGCGUCGCUGCAAUCGCCCACGCAGCCCAGGUGCACUAUUCCCUUGACUUGACAUGGGAAACUGGCAGUCCCAAUGGUGUCAGCCGGGAGAUGAUCUUUGUCAACGGUCAGUUCCCCGGUCCCGCGAUCAUUCUCAACGAGGGAGACGAGGCGAUUAUUGAUGUGACCAACCACUUGCCAUUCAACACAUCCAUUCACUUUCACGGCAUCGAACAGAAAAACACCCCGUGGGCUGAUGGAGUUGCUGGUCUCUCGCAAUGGGCCAUUCAACCGGGCCAAUCCUACACCUACCAGUGGCGAGCGGAUACUUAUGGAACCUAUUGGUACCAUGCUCAUGAUAAGGCUGAAAUUAUGGACGGACUAUACGGACCGGUUCAUAUCAGACCUUCCCCUAACAGAGAUUCCCCAUUUUCAAUGAUCUCCAACGAUCCGGCCGAUAUUGAGGCCAUGAAACGAGCCGAGCGCAACGGCAAACUUGUCAUGCUGUCAGACUGGGACCAUCUGACCGGCGAAGAGUACAUGAAGGCCAUGGAGGAGACCGGAUACGAUAUCUUCGUUCUCAUCAACGGCCGCGGCUCGGUGUUCUGCCAUGACCCCGAGGAAAUGACCAAGAUGGUCCCGCCACCGGCAAUGGCCAUCAUCAACGCCUCGUUGACUGACAAGGGAUGCCUGCCAUUUGUGCUUCCCAUCCAAGGCGACUGGCAACAUCACCCUGACAAGGUCCCACCCGGCCUGAAUGAGGGCUGCCAUCCAAGCACCACGCAGGAGACAACCUUCACAGUGGAUGCCAGACACCAAUGGGCAAGUUUCCACUUCAUCAGUGCAGCCAGUCUCAAGGUGCUGGUCGUUUCCAUCGACGAACAUCCCAUGUAUGUGUACGAGGUGGACGGCCGGUACAUCGAGCCGCAGCUGGCGCACAGUGUGAAGCUAUACAACGGCGAGCGGUACUCGGUCAUGGUCAAGCUGGACAAGGAACCGGCCAACUACAAGAUGCGCGCGGCCAACGACGGCGGCAACCAGAUUGUCUCCGGGUUUGCGACAGUCACCUACGAGGGCGGCCAGACCAGCCAGCGCCCGUCCCAGCCGUACAUCGACUACGGAAGUCGCAACAUGAGCGCGGAUGUCAUUCCGCUGAAUACAAACAAUCUGCCUCCAUACCCGGCCAUCAGUCCUGCCUCUGAGCCGGAUGACUUCCACAUCCUGAUGCUAGGCCGCACCAACUCCUCCUGGGAGUGGUCGCUGGACGGAGCGACCUUCCUGCCUAACAACCUUGCUGCAUCGCCGCCAGCCAUUCUGAGUCCUGAAGCUCCCGAGUUUGCGGACGCGCUCAAGAUCACGACCCGCAACGAUACUUGGGUUGACAUUGUCUUCCAGCUGGUUGUCGGUGAAGUUACCCCAGUCCAGCCUCCGCACCCUCUGCACAAGCAUUCCAACAAAGGCUUCCUCCUGGGAACGGGCCAGGGCAAGUUCAACUGGACAUCGAUCAAAGAAGCCAAGGAGGCGAGCCCGCAGAGUUUCUUAAAGACGCCGAUCUACAGAGAUACGUUUACUACCUCGCCGCGUGGAGAGACGUGGACUGCUAUCCGGUACCAUGUCGAGAAUCCGGGUCCGUUCCUGUUGCACUGCCAUAUGACAACUCAUCUGCAGUCGGGAAUGGGACUGAUUCUGAUGGACGGAGUGGAUGUGUGGCCUGAAGUGCAUGCAAACAUGAUUACUCCUACGUGA